CAUGCGGAAGUGUUUCCGAGUGGCGCAUCCUGGCAGCAGCAGCAGCAGCAGCAGCAGCAUCAUCCUCCAAGCUAACCGUGUAAUAAUAGAACUAUGACAGCAGCUGGAGGGGAAUUCACAGGAUUGAUUCAGGACUGGCCCAUGUGGUGAUGAGCGGAAUGCCAUGCAGAGGAGACACAGCAGCAACACGGAUGGCAUGCCCUCUGAAAGGAGCCGAAGCCAAACCCUGGGAUCGGAGAGCAGCCUGGAUGAGGGUGGUGUGUUUGACUGCCUGAAGCCAGACUCGCCCGCUUCACCCCAGCAGAUCUUCUCCGGCCUGGUUGGAGUCCCCUCCGGCUCCGUCUCCUCUGCCCAGUUCCAGGCGGCCGGCUUAGUCUUGGGCUCCCCUCCGGAAGUUUUCAUCCAGAUGACCGCCUCGUCCAGAGAGGAAGGGGGCCCCCAUCGUACGGAGGGCGGCCCCUUCCUCCCCCGGCCGCCCCAGCACCACCAUCACCACCACCACUUCCACCACCAGCCCCUUCAGCACAGGACCUCCUCUCUGCUCCAGCAGGCCACCACAGCGGCCGGCUCAGAGAGGCACAGCUCCAGGGAGGAGGCCCAAGAGGACCAGUCUACCCCUGCGCCGGCGCUGUCCGAGCUAAAGGCGGUGGUCACCUGGCUGCAGAGGGGCUUCCCCUUCAUCCUCAUUUUACUGGCUAAAGUCUGCUUUCAGCAUAAACUAGGUAUUGCUGUGUGUGUGGGGAUGGCCAGCACGUUUGCCUACGCCAACUCCACGUUCAGGCACCAAGUCUCAUUACGGGAGGAACGGUCUAUAUUUGUGGCUCUGUGGAUCAUCGUGUUCCUCGGAGGGAACAUAGUGUAUAUCUAUUACACAUUUAGCCACGAGGAGCUGCACAACAGCCUCAUUUUUGCCAAGCCCAACCUCAACAGCUUUGACUUCUUCGAUCUGAUCUGGGCUGUUGGCAUCACCGACUUUGUGCUGAAGUACGUCACCAUCGGCCUGAAAUGCUUCGUUCUCUUUCUGCCCAAGAUUUUCCUGGCCUUCAAAUCCAGGGGUAAGUUCUACCUGCUGAUCGAGGAGCUGAGCCAGCUGUUUCGGGCCCUGGUCCCCAUCCAGCUGUGGUACAAGUACAUCAUGGGGGAAGACCCCUCCAACAGUUACUUCCUGGGAGCCACACUCAUCAUCAUCUACAGCCUCUGCAAGUCCUUUGACAUCUGUGGACGUGUAUCUGCAAUCCGGAAGGCCUUGGUCAUGCUCUGCAGCACCCAGAGUUAUGGAGUGAGAGCCGGCAGUCAGCAGUGCAGCGAGGCGGGUGACGUCUGCGCCAUUUGUCAGGCUGAUUUCAGAGACCCCAUUGCUCUUCUCUGUCAGCACGUGUUCUGCGAGGAGUGUUUGUGUUUGUGGUUCGACCGCGAGAGAACGUGUCCACUGUGUCGCUCCACUGUCAUCGAGACGCUGCGAUGCUGGAAGGACGGAACCACCUCCGCUCAUUUCCAGAUCUACUGAGCUCUGGAAGCGAAUCAACCAGGAAGAUGCGAUUUUGCUGUGAUGCAAGUCAGACAAUGAUGUGUCGCCUUUUUGUUGUUAUGUUUUUUCUGUAAUCGUUGGUGUGGCAGUUCUUUGAUUCAGAAAUACACAAUUUUUUAUUUCACAGUGUUUUUAUAUGAAGCUGCUGGUUGAUGCCACCACGUUCACAAACCAAAUUAUCAACACGGUGUCCCUCACAGAAACAAAACUCUUGUCAUACAGUUCAAUUUUGUAGACUCAGCCACUGAUAAAAUGGUUGAAUUCCUGUUUGGAUAGUGUAAAAAAUCACAACAUUCACACUUUAUUUGUGUAUGAUUUUGUCAUUAGUUUUGACUUAAUUAAUUCUACCAUGGGCAUUUAACUUGAUAUUUUUAUUUAAAUAUUUACCUUUUGAGUGAAAUCUCACUUCAGGUGUUAGGUAGAAACAGUUCUUGUUUGAAAAAACCAGGUUAUGUAGGUAUUGAGUAAUGAAUGAAAGGUGUUGUGUGACUUUUGGUUGCUAUAAACAGUAAUAUGUGUUGAUGAUGUAGGCAGGAAACAACAUUUGUUAGAUUAUUGUGAUGCAGUAGGUAUGAUGGAAUUCAGUUACCCUGGAAGCUUUGACUUCACUUACAUUUACACUUUUCUUUUCACACGUUUGAUGAUCUUCCAUGCUGCAAAUUUAAUUCUAUUAGUGUCACAGGAUCGUUUCAUGUCUAAUAAUUUAUUCUGGGAUUUGCUUAAUAGACACUGUCAUGCAGAAUGUGCAGUGCUGUUUUUUUUAUAAUUAAAAGCACUUUAGCUCACUUUA